UCUCACCUCACUCAUGGCAGACGAUCUCUUUCUCUCGCCCUAUUUGCAAUUCUCAUCUUAGAUGAUCUCUCUCUCUCUUCACUUAGAGCCACAAACAACAGAUGUACUUUAAACAAGUUGAAUUUUGAGGACGACAAAGGAGGAAAUUGUCAGUCAUCUAAGAAGACUCCAUAAGGAACCAAAUCAAGAACAUAAUCUCUCAGUUGCAACUCGCAACCUCUUUCAAUUCUCUCACAACAAUCUCUCCAAAGCUCUCUCACUUCUCAAAUCCCUUCGUCUCCUAGCUAUGUUCUUUGGAUUUCUUUCUUUUAAAUUUAUUUUCUUUCGAAUUAAGCUAAAAACCCAGCAAACAUGAAGAAACGAAGAGAAACUACGAAUCAGAGUGUCAAAUUCGAGGGCUCCUGGAAGAAAUUCAAUGCAUUACUUGAUGUUGUAGAGCUCCGCCUCCAUGAAUUCUUGUCUGAAAAAAAUCCAUUUGGGCUUGAAACUAAGAAGCUACCUAGGUUAACAAUUGUCAAUGAUCAAACACCAAGAAAGAAACGCUUCGCCUUGCGCGCAGAACCCAAGAAGAAGAUCAUCGAUGCAGAGGUUUCGCAGAAGACCCAAUUUGUCUUAUCGGGAUCUAAUGUUGAUUGGGCUGUUGUGGUGAAGGUGGAGAUCAAGGAGAAGAAGAAGCCACAGAAACAAGAAAUACAAGAGAAUUCAUCAUCAUCGGGAACCCUUCCACGAUUUUCCUUGCUUCUAAUUUGAUGUGGAA